AUGAGGUAAAUGUGUGUUGCAGACAGUCCAAUCGGUCUAUGCACGACAAUGGGGCGUUUAUAAAUAUAAUAUAUUAAUAAUAUAUAUAGUUGAUCUUUUAUAACUUAAUUAUUGCAAUAUAAAUCUCCACUCCAACUCUCGCCCACAAUAUUCUACCUCAAAUCAAACAACUAGAACAGCAACAACACAUUCUCUAUCUCUCUUCCAUUGCCGAGCGAUUUCGCCGGAGAUUCCGAGAAUAGGUUAACGAUGGAGGUGGUGGAGAACAAGCAGUUGCAGUAUUUCUUGGAAGAGACAGCGAUGUAUAACAACAUUGUCUUAGGACAUCUAUUGCCUUCUGGAUGGUGGGCCACGCUUCCCAGGUUCUUGCAGACGUGGCUUCGUAACUACAUUGCUGGAACUCUCCUUUACUUCAUCUCUGGCUUCCUGUGGUGUUUCUACAUUUACUACUUGAAACGCAACGUUUAUCUUCCUAAAGAUGCUAUCCCUACAACAAAAGCCAUGCUCUUGCAAAUAUAUGUUGCUAUGAAGGCUAUGCCAUGGUACUGUGCUCUUCCAUCUCUUUCUGAGUACAUGGUUGAAAAUGGCUGGACUAAGUGUUUCUCAUACAUAUCUGAUGUUGGCUGUUUUGGCUACAUCAUAUAUUUAAUUGCGUAUCUUGUUAUGGUGGAGUUUGGGAUUUACUGGAUGCACAGAGAAUUGCAUGAUAUAAAACCUUUAUACAAGUAUCUUCAUGCAACCCAUCACAUCUAUAACAAGCAGAAUACUCUUUCUCCUUUUGCCGGUUUGGCAUUUCAUCCGCUUGACGGAAUACUCCAAGCAGUCCCACAUGUUAUUGCUCUCUUCAUUGUACCUACACAUUUCAGGACACACAUAGGUCUCUUAUUCCUAGAGGCCAUAUGGACCGCAAACAUUCAUGAUUGCAUACAUGGUAAGCUAUGGCCGGUGAUGGGUGCUGGCUAUCACACCAUCCACCAUACUACAUACCGCCACAAUUAUGGUCAUUAUACCAUAUGGAUGGAUUGGAUGCUAGGAACCCUUCGUGACCCUGAGGAAGAUGCAUUCGAGAAGGUGAAGUGAUAACGCUCUUGCAUGCCUUGACAUAACUGCUCAUACACGGUCAGUUCUUUGUUUGACAGGCUUCCAUUUUGGUUGGAUUGCUUCUGAUAUUGUGUCCUUUUGCAUGUAAAUGUCGUCUUUUUAGAUUUUUAGUGCUAUUGGUUGAAAAAGUUUCGUUUUAGAGAUAAUAUUCUACCUGGGUGCUAGGGAAGCUGUCUGCUUAUAAAACUCGCAGUUAGUCUGAAGCCCCAUGUCCCAUGUACUAAAACCUAAUAAAUUUCUGUUGUACAAGUUGUGAGGCAAUUAUUUUUGUGUGUGGAAUGUACUUUUCAGUUAAUGAAUGUUGUGUUCAUCUUA